AAGGGGAAGGGGCGUGGCCAACUGGCAGGGCUCGGCAACAACUAGAGAAGGAAUAAGGUGAGCCGAGAAGAGGGCGUGGCCCCAACUGGAGAGGGGGCGCGGCCAGAGCUUGUCACCCGCGCAUCACGGACUAAAAGGGCGGGGAAAGGAGUGCGCGGCGCCCUCACCGAGAGUCCGACGUUCCCCUGGUGUGGCUGGUUCGAAUCCCGCCUCCCUUCCUCUCCCGACUUGAGAUCCAUGAACCCUGGAGGGCCACCCCUUUCACCUUGGAGCCUUCCUUGACUGCCCGCUCCAUGAACAGUAGCCAUGACCGAGGCAGAAUACGUCCUUUGCAAGUGGAAGAAGCACUUCUGGCCAGCAAAGGUUUUGUCUAGAAGCCGGAGAAGAUCGCCGGACAAGCUGGCCACCCUUCGGGUUCAAAUCAUGUGUGAGAACAAACAGGUAAACGUACGCUGUGCCAAUAUUAAACCUUUGAAUGAGGAGAACAUCAACAGCAUUGCCUCUCAGUUAGAUCAGAGCCAGAGAAGGAAAAGCCGCAAUGCUGUGGAGGAGCUGAUAUAUCGGCGUGCCCUGAGGGAGGCUCUGAAUAUUUUGCGUCGAGGUGUCCCACGCAAAGGUGGCUCCCCUUCCAAAGGGAGAAAAGGCAAAACAUCAGCCCAGAAUGACCCCCAGGUAGGGGAUUUGCCGUCGUUUACAGCUAGCUGGCAGCGGCCUCUCUCUCAAAAAGGUCUGCAGGAGGUUGAAAGUGGGGAGGAGACUAGCGAGUCCAACCCCCUGGUGCAGGUUGCGGUGACUGAAGGGGAGCAUCUCCUCAGUUCCAAGGGAUCUCCCAGCUCUAAGCGGUCUUCAUCAAAAUUGCCACACCUUUCGGGCACCAGGGAGGCGGCUGGUGCCUUUUCAGAAGUGGAAAUGCCCGUCACGCCACCAGAAGAGCAGAAAUUGUUAUCCCAGCCCGGUGCAGAUGCGAAAUCGCUGUGUUCCUUAAAGGAGGCUGAAGGGAGGCACCAUCAAGUUCGGGGCAAGUCUGGCAGGGAGAGCAGUUUCCCAUUGCCGGCUAGAGCAAGUACCCCGGCUCCCGCUUCUCGCAAAAGCUGCCCCAGGUUAACACCCCCGGGCAGGAGAUUGGGCAUGAAGCCUACGCUGCGGAGGAGCCUGCUGGGCUGUCCCGUUGAAUGCAUUUCAACCAAACUGGCGAGGGGCCUCUCAGAGGAAGGAGGGACCCCCCCGAGGAAAUACAUCAAAGCCUCCAAUGGCAGCAGGUACUCGGAGGGCCUGGAAGGAACUCGCCAGAAACGAACCUGUGCGGCUUCGUGCCUCUCCCAGGAAAGGCAAGGGAGGACUCGUAGGGAGGACUCGAAAUCAGGCCCCUCUCCUGACGGGUUCGUUUUGGAAGGUCAGGAAGAGGAAAAUCAAAGCACGCGUGUCAACGUGAACCAGUUCCAGCUUCAGGAUUCUGAAGAUGAAGAAGGACUAGAACCUCCCUCUUCUGUGCAGCUCAGCCCCGUAGGAGCAGACAAUCCGAGCCCAGGUUCGAGGGACGACGAGGACGAAGAGUUACCCAGUAUCCUCUUGCAUCAAGAACCUUGUUCCAUUGAAGCCGGGAUGCUGGUGUGGUGCAAGCUGCCAAGAUACCCUUACUGGCCGGCUGUGGUGAAAAGGGUGCAACGCAAAGCCAAGAAAGCCAACGUCGUCAUCAUAGAGAAAUGCGUGGAGGACAAAAAAGCCAAAGGUUUCUCCACCUCGCUCAGAAACCUGAAACACUUUGAUUGCGAAGAGAAGCAAACGCUGAUCGAAAAAGCCAGAGAGGACCACAGCCUUGAAAUCACCUGGUGCAUCAAUUUGAUAGCGGACUACAGAAUCCGAGUAGGUUGUCAUUCAUUCAUGGGCUCCUUCUUGGAGUACUGCGUCGAUGAUAUGAGCUACCCGGUUCGGAGAGAGGUCCUCCCUGACCUGUCCCAGAUGACCUUUCCGAAGACGGAGGAGACGGACCUCAGCGAGUCGCUAUCGGAGGCGACCCCCACUAAGCCCCUCCGGAAAGUCCUCCCUGACCGGACGCGGGCGGCCCGGGACAAGGCCAACGCCCGCAUCGUCGAGUUCAUCGUCAAGGCCAAGGGGGCAGAUGAGCACCUCCGCUCCAUCCUGAGGAGCAAGAAGCCGUCGCACUGGCUGAGGGAAUUCUUUGCCGCCCGGCCGUACUUGACCUGCACGGAGACGUACCUAGAGGACGACGCUCAGCAGGACCUUGUGCUCAGCUACCUGCACGGGGUUUACCAAGAGGUCAGCGCCGGACUGUUGCCCGAAAUAAACGGAGACAAAAUCAAAUUCGUCUUGGAUGUCUUGUUCCCUGAGGCCAUCAUAUACGCCAUUUCAGCUGUGGACCACAUUGAUUAUAAGAAGGCUGAAGAGAAAUACAUGAGGGGGCCCUUGGUGAGCCGAAGGGAGAGAGAAAUAUUCGAAGAAGAAAUUCUCGAGAAGAAGAGGAAGUGGAAUCUGCAGAGCAAGAGGCCGUCUCUGGAAGCUAGCCAGUGACUCCGUUCCCCAGGCCGCCCGGAACCUGUGCGUGUUUCUGUAAAAUGAGGUGGGAAGCACUUAUUUUGUAUAACACAUAAGAAACUUUAUUUUUUAAAACAUAUAUAUAUAUAUAUAUAUAUAUAUAUAUAUAUAUAUAUAUAUAUAUAUUUCAUAUAUGCUGCAGUAAGUGGAUGCCAUUGCUGAACCCACUACACAUACGCUGUUUUUUUGGGAUGAUUAGAGUUGAGCAAUAAUCAGUACUGGUUUGAGGGUUUGUUUACCCCAUGGUGUAAACCAGCCUUUACCAUCCUGGUGCCAUCCAAAUGUUUUGGACUGCAGCUGCCAUUGCUCUGUGAUGCGGACACCGCUGGGAGAUGUAAUCCAGAACAGCCCGCACCAGGCUGGUGGCUGCGUGUAUGGCUUCUGCCUGCCUGAAACUGGCAUGGGAGGUUUGACGAGUCCCCAAAUCUUUUUUUAACCAGAAAGAAAAGUUAAAGUGAAUGUGUGCAUCAUGAAAACAAACCCUUCUCUCUUCACUCCCCCUUGUUCAAAUUGCCUUCAGCUUCACUAGAUCCCGAAUGGUAUUUGUCGAAAACACUCUGCUGUAUAUUCUGCUACUGAAAAUGAAUUGCCUGGCCCUUUUGCAAAACUUGGAGUAUAUAACUUUGCCUUCACCCACCAGAGCCAGAAAUUGCCUCUGUUCAGAUUUCAACCUCUACUUCUGUAAUGAUUGUUUUUUGGGGGGGAAAUCUGGUAAACACAAGUGUGAUUAAUUUGCUGGAACUGAAACUACUCUUAUUAAUUAUAAUCCAUUGUUCUAUCUAUUAUCUGUAGUCUUCUCUUUUGUGAAUUUUUUUUUACUUGAACAAUAAACUGCCUUCCCAACUGGUACCAUCA